UGUCAACCUGAAUAUGAGCAGAGAUAAAGUUGCAAAAUCUAAUGCAUUGCAUGAAAGCGAACAGCCUCUAGAUCUAUCAAAACGGCACAAUGAUAAGAACAUUAUUAAGCAAUCGCUCAAAAGUUUAAUUCAGACACGUCGACUUGCAGAAGGCAAGGGGCUGUUGAACGUUACAUUCACCAACCAAGAGGCCGCAGCUCAUGAGCUUACAAAAGAGGAGCAACAAAGACAGUGUGAGAGAAAGGAACAAAAUAGAAGAGCUGCUCAUAAAUGUAGACAAAAGAAAAAACAUAAGCUAGAAUAUUUGACAGUGGAAAAAGAUAAGUUAAAAAAGAGGAAGAAGUGGUUAGAACAGACUUUAAUUUCACUAGAAAAAGAGAAAGACACAUUACUUCAAACACUAAGGGAAGAUGGAAACAAAGAAAUGACUGUGAUAAAAAGUGAACCCAAUACUGAUACCAACAGUAGUAGUUCAUCAAUGAUGGAGAAAUCAUGCAUUUUACAAAACAAUAAAUCUCAUAUUUGCUGUUCGUGUGAUAGCCAGUCUCAUAAUCCAAAGAAUUGUAAUCAAAAUUCAUCAUGUCAGUUUAAAGCCAAAGAGAGGCUGUCAUGUGACAAUAAAACACCCAAUCAAACUUCUUUAGAGAAUGACGAUAGAAUUGCCUUUUUCAAUUAUUACAUGAAAAUGAAAGGCAAUGAUGAUGAUUGCUCAAAUGAUAAGGAUUCUUUGUUGGACAGUAGUCAGUCUAAUAAAUAUUAUUCUAGUAUUGAUGAAUAUGAUGAUUAUAGCGAUUCCGACAGUAGCACUAGCGAGGGCUAUUUAGUGAUUUAUGAAAGUGAGACUGACUCUAGUGAUUUGUUUAGCAACAGUCAGUCGUCAUAGCAGAUUUGUGUUGCUAGAUAAUUAAAAAGUGCUUUAAAUCAAACUAUUACUCACCAGUCAAGUCGCUCAAUCCAAAAAGCUAAAAACAGAAUUUAUUAUUUCGAUAUUGUUAUUGUGUGAAGAUUAGUGAGGCCGCAAAAAGAAAUCAUAGCUUAAAAUAUCUUGAGUGUUGUCACAGCUUAAAAAGUCAUGAAGAGGUAUAACAUGAUAAGAAGUCGUGAAGAUUAAUCACAACCUUAGAAGGAGACAUUUCAUGUUCUUCAAAUUAAAGGGAACUUGUUUUAAACCAGUAUUUUUUUACUACAGGGCAUAUAAAUAGAGUUUUAUAUAUUAUUUGCAUAAGGAAUGUGAUUCCAUUUUUUUUAAUAAAUGUUAGAUUCUUUUUUAUUUAUGAUAAAAUUCAGUGGCUUGCAUUUAAACUGUUAGUUGGUUAUAAAAUGUAUGAGUAUUUUAUGCACUUCUCUCAAAGUAUUUGAUGAAAAUCAUGGUGUGAAUAUUUAAGCAGUCUGGACAAAUAUUCAAAAAAAGAAAAUCCUUUUAGAUCUUCUCUUUGAUAGUGGAAAUCUAAACAUUUCCCUUUAAUUGUAAAAAAAUAAGAAAAAAUUGGGACACUACAUUUCACCAUGUUUUCAAGUAGAAAACUCCAGCUAUCAUGUCUAUCAGCUAAGUAAUUCUUGUGCCCUGUAAACUGUACAGAUUUGUGUUGAAUAUAAGGAAAAUCGAUAGAAAUAAGAAGACAUUACAAUCAUAUCGAAUUUUAAAUGUUAAUUUUUAUUAGUGCCACUUUGAACUCAGAGGUGUUUGCCAUAAAAUCAUGCAGCUUUAACAGUAAUCUUUUUGCAAUGCAUAAAGAAAUAAGGCAGCUUCAUUUUGGAAAGCAACAGCCAAGUAGAUUUGAUAAUUCAGGGGUCAUUACUUUUUUUUAUUUUAUUUUUUUUAUUCAUAAACUUUGUUAAGUGUAUUUAUGAUAACUGUUUUGCAUUGUUAAAAAGAUCUUCUCCUUUAUGGAAGUAUUUAAUCAAAUUCUUUUGAGCCUGUAAACAUUGACAUUGAGACUGAAAAAAUGGAACAUCAUUGGUAUGCUAUCUUUUUACCAACAUCUGACAAUGACAUAUAGUUUCAGGCAAAAUUCCAAAUGAAUAUAAAAACAUUGAAAUUAAAUGUAAUAUUUGACAUGAUACAAUGGAGAAAUUAUGAUAUGCACAUGUGAUGGAGCAUCCUUGCCUUACACCCUGUCAAGAGAAAACAAGUUGAAGUCUUGUAUAAAGACGAAGAUUUCUGAUUUGCUUCUAACUGCAAAUACUUUGAGAUCAUUAUACUUGUACACAAAGAAUAAAUUAUCAAAUAAGUUUUUUUUAUAUUUUUUAAAUGAUUUUUUUGUCUUUAUUGCUCAGGAAUCCUGUAAAUUACUAGCAAAGAAGUGUCCAGUGUACAUGUGUUUAAAUGAACUUAACAUUUAAAUGAUACUGUUCAUAGAAUUGACGUUAUAUAUUUUAUGGAUUGAGUACUUAGUAUCCUGCUUUCUAAUGAUUAAUUGUUAACUUUACUUUAUUAAGAUAACUGAAAUCUUAAAUAUUAUUAUUACAUAUGUAUAUAGGUUAGGUGUACAUGUAAAAUUACAGACCAACUUGAACUUAUAUAAUAUUGGUAAUCUGUUGGACCUUAUUAGAGAGGUUUUUCAUCCAGUUUCAAAAUAUAGAUGAACUUUAUUCAAGGUAAAGGGUGUUUCAAAAGUCACAAAAUGUAGUCAAGACAGUUUUGACAUCUGUAUUACAACAUCCUGAUUAUAAAAUGGUCUCUUGUGGUUGAUUGAUUGUAGUUUGCUUUACUCUGCAUCAGUGCAAAAAGGCUGUAAUGCAGCAAGGUCUCCUUUGCUAAAAAUACUUUGGGUAAGUAAUAUUGUGUUAAUGAUAUGUGAGGUGGCCUUUUAAAUAUUUUUUUUUAUUGUACAUGAACCAAGCGCUAAAAUAAAUUUUGUUAUACAGUGUACCUUUUAAACUGCAAAAAAAAGGUUUUGUUAUUGAAGAAGAAAUAUAUUGAUUAAAAUGCAUGAUGUUUUACUUUUAUGUGAUAACUGUUUUAUAGGGCACUAUUAUUAUGCUUUUUCAGGUAACAGAUUGUUCAGAGGGUUGAUGUCAUAAUUUUUUAUUUUGUCUUAUGACUAAUCUCAAAAAGACGAAUAUUAUUUUUCAAGCAUCAUCAGCAUUGAUGAACCCUUCUGAUAAGGAAAGUGAUAGUUCAGCCUUAAUUUUAACCAGCUCAAGAAUAAGUAUUGAUAUGUUAUAUAUUUUAUGAGUUACACAGGCAGCUUGUUAUCUAUGCUUUAUCAUUCAAAUGUUUUACAGCAUUGAUUCAUCUAAUAGUCACAUGAUGAAGGGGACAUUUUAUUUUGAGGAUAUGUAAAUAGCCGUAACAAUAUAGAAUCGAGGAAUUCAUAAAUGUUGUCAUCAAAAUUUAAUAUAAACAUUAUUUGACCUAUGUGAGUUCUGAUCUAAAAUGUAAAUAAAGUUUUCUUAAGAUAGAAUGUACCUCAUUUACUUAGCUAUUUAAAGCACUUUUGAUCAGGUUAAAUUUAUUAAGUAAUGUUUGCCAUGUCUUUUUUAGUUGGUCUCAACAAAGUUGAGGAAAAACUAUUGCAGAAUCCUUUGCAUUCAUACGUGCGUUCAUUCAAGUAUCUACAUCUUCAUCAACAUUUAUGUCUUGAGAACUGCUUGGAUUACAACCAACAUUAUUUUUAUUAAGGUGCAUUUAAGUUUGUCUUACUAUAUGAUUGAAGGAGAAGGUCAUAUGACCAAUAUUUUUAUAUAAUAGUUCAUAGACAUUGGUAAAGUUUUACGUCUAUGUGUUUCGCUUUACUUAGAAGGAUCCAUUAUAUUAGUGUAAACAUCUUUUAGUGUAAAUUAGCGUUCAGACAAAAGUGAGUCACUAUGACAUAUUUUCCACUUAAGUUCUUUCUCAGUCAAUAUACAUAGAAGGAUCAACUAGUGUAUUUUUGGCUGAAUUUUGUCUGGAUUUCCAACAUUUUGGUUUGCAGACAAAAUCUUUUGAGCCUGCCCAUAAAGAAUAGCUUUACCAAAUUUGGUUGGAUAAUGCCCAUGAGACUAGGUCAAGGUCACAGCAGCUUUUAAUAGACAAAUUUUGACCAAAUUUUGGUUACUGUAUGUUAUGUUUUGAACCAUAUAUCUAACUUUUACCAAACUGAAUUUGAUAAUGCCCCUUAAAUGAAAGGAAACCCCAAUUUAUAGAUUUUGAAGUUGCUAGGUCAAAGGGCAAGAUCACUAUAGCAAUUGAUAGACAGAAAUCAGGGCCAAAAUUUGGUUUUUGUAUGAUAUCUUUUGAACCAUAUGUCCAACCUUCACCUAGCUCUGCUGGAAAACCCUUGAACAAGCAAGACCCCAUUUGAUUUUUGGUCAGUAAAUCAAAGGUUAAGGUCACAGUACUUUCUAACAAAUAGACUGAACAAUACCUGUUGAGCCUUAACUCAAAUAUUUUAUCUUUCUGCAGUGGAUCAUGCACCUUAGGUGAAAAACACCCCUAAGCUUGUCAGGUAUAUAGGUCAAAGGGCAAAGAUACAGCAGCAAUCAAUAUACAGAAAUUUAGGCAAUUUUUUUAUUGCUAUUUAUCAUUUGACAUAAAUUAUCAGCACUUCAUAUGUUUUUCAUUGUAUUGACACAAAAAUCUGUUUUAUCUACUGUAAUACAAAUAAAGAUCGCAACUAUGCUUAUGCACCCAUGGUGCUUCUGUAAUUUUUUGCUUUUCUAACAUUGAAUCAUUUAAUCAAAUUGUGCAGAAGGAGACGCACUUUGUAAUCAUAAAUUAUUCAUGUUUAUAUAAUGGCUUUGUAUGCAUGAAUUGCAGUUACAUGAAUAUAAAGUGUACAAUAAAGAAUAUUAUAUAAA